AUGGGAAACGACGUAUGUAAAUUACCACCAGAACCACAACGUGAAACACCACAACCACUUAAACACUCUAAAUUGCAGGAUGUUGUUGUGCUGGAUGAUGAAGUAGACUUGAAACUGGAUGACCAGAGUUUGUUGGAUAAAACACAAAAGGAAGAAGCUAUUCCAAUUGAUAAAGGCAAAAUUAAAAAGAAUCCGUCAAUGGAGAAACUUAAAAAUGUCGCCAGAAAGAGUCUCGACAGUUUCACGAAACUCGGUUCUGUUAUUGAAAGUACUCAUUUUGAUACAAUGCCAGUCAAGUGCAUUUAUGGGUCAAACUAA